GUCGUGCCAUCAACAGGCCCCGCGCCUUUUCUCCUCGCGGGUAAGCCUAGCCGCGGGAAUCCCCAGAGUCUCCCCGGGUGAGUCGAUUUCUCUUGGUCUUUUAUGUGCCCGUUAUUGGUGGUCAUGCCCGCGGUCCCUAUUAUUGGACAUGUUCGGCGGUGACCACUGACUACCCUGCGCGAUAUACCGUACCUAACCCCUCACACGCCCUCCCAUCCCUCCCCGAUCGAUCUUCGGGUCUUGUCAGUCGCCCACGUCUCGCGCAUCCCGUGACAUCUAUGACUCGGUAGUGCAUGCACUGGGGUUGUCUCUUCUCCCGCCCCGGAUACAAAUGGGUGACAGUUUCAUCCCUGGCGGAUGAAUCCCUUUGUCACGAUCUUGCCCAACUCUCAACCCAUCAUUGCUAAUCACCCUACCUUACAUUACAGACUCGACCAUGCAGACUCAAACGACAUUGGCGCAUACCACCAGACGCACUCUGACCGCCGUCUCCUCCCGUCGUUUGACCUUGGACAACAUUAACCCCCACGUCAAGGCUGCCAAAUAUGCCGUUCGCGGUGAGAUUGCUACCAAGGCAGAGGAAUUCCGCGUGAGAUUGGCUCAGGGGGAUAAGUCAUUGCCGUUCGACAGCGUUAUCUUCGCCAACAUCGGUAACCCGCAACAGCUUGACCAGAAGCCCAUCACCUUCUUCCGUCAAGUCCUGAGUCUUCUUGAGAAUCCCGUGUUGCUGGAAAACCCGGAACUUCUCCGAACCAAUUUUGGAUACCCACAGGAUGUUAUUGACCGGGCUAAGGUCUUGCUCGCGGAUGUUCAGAGCGUUGGUGCCUACAGUCACAGCCAAGGUGCACCGGUCAUUCGGGACAGUGUGGCCAAGUUCAUCGAGCAGCGUGAUGGAUUUCCUGCUAACCCCCAGGAUCUCUACUUGACCGCUGGUGCUUCAUCGGGUGUGAGCACGAUCCUCAACAUUAUCUGUGAUGGACCCGCCGCCGGAGUCCUCGUCCCCAUCCCUCAAUACCCCCUGUACACGGCGACUCUGUCUCUGCUGGAUGCGCGGUGUGUACCUUACCUCCUCGAUGAGCAGAAGGCUUGGGGUACCGACGUGAAUGCGAUCAAGGAGAACCUGUCAAAGGCCAAGGCCGCUGGCACUGAUGUUCGUGCUAUCGUUGUUAUCAACCCCGGUAACCCCACCGGUGCUUCUCUCAGUGCCGAAGACAUCAAGAGCGUUCUCGACGUUGCAGCUGAGGAGAGACUAGUGGUCAUUGCCGACGAGGUAUACCAGACCAAUGUUUUCACUGGCGAAUUCAUCUCCUUCAAGAAGAGACUCCGUCAGCUGCAGCAGGAGGUGCCCGGCAAGUACGACAACGUGGAGCUGGUCUCCCUGCACAGUGUCUCUAAGGGCAUGGUUGGCGAGUGCGGUCAUCGCGGUGGCUACUUUGAGCUCGUGGGUUUCGACCCCGAGGUCGCUGCCCAGAUCUACAAGUAUGUCAGCAUCAUGCUAUGCCCGCCUGUCAUUGGUCAGUGCCUGGUCGAGUUGAUGGUGAACCCUCCCACGGAGGGAGAGCCUAGCUACGAGCUGUACCAGAAGGAAUACAAUGGCAUCAAGGAUGGACUGAGAAGCCGUGCUAUGGCCCUCUACGAAGCCUUCCAGAAGAUGGAGGGCGUCGAGUGUCAAGAACCCCAGGGUGCCAUGUACCUUUUCCCCACUAUCAACCUCCCACCUAAGGCCAUCGAGGCUGCCGCUGCAGAGAAGCGGGCUGCAGACGAGUUUUACUGCCUGCAGCUCCUCGAUGCCACCGGUAUCUGUGUGGUUCCAGGUUCCGGGUUCGGACAGAAGGAGAACACUCUGCACUUCCGCACGACAUUCUUGGCUCCUGGAACGGACUGGGCCCAGCGGAUUGUGAAGUUCCACUCCGAGUUCAUGGCCAAGUAUAAAUAAGCCGAUAAACGUACGCUAUAACGAUAAUUAGACUAUACCACAUUUCUCCACUCGGAGGCUUUUAAAUUGCACAUACUGUUUGGAAAAUUCUUCUGCCGUUCCAUUGUUGCUUCUAAGAUCUUGUUUGCUACUAUACGCACUUUAAUUUUGCAUUGUAUGUCUGAUUAGCUCUGAUGGGCUGGUGUGUGCUUGCUGGUAGUCCCAUAGACGGACGGCGGGCGAUCUGUGCAUUUCCCCUUUUGGUUAUCAUUCGAUAGCCUCGGCUGAUAAGCACGUGAUCCACGAUAACACAGCACAGCAACGAAGGCGGAAGGACCAGAUGAUGUCAAACAUUCGAUUUAGUCAUCCUUCUUUCGGUGCCCCUCAACACACUGUCGCUUCCCCAUUCGUGAAAUGAUUACCAGCAGAUCGGGUUUGUGCACUUAGACAAAUGUAUUGAAAGGAAAUAAUAAGAACCUGC